CUCUGUGUCGGUGGAUUUCAUCCUCUCCCUCUGGCUCCGUUCAGACCUCCUCCUCCUCCUCCUCUUCUCCGCCGCCGCCGGCUCCUCCUCCGGCUCCUCCUCCUGCUCCUCGUCGUCAUGGCGUCCUGAAGCCCGUGUCCCAGUGUGGUCUGGAGGUCUGGGGGUGUGGAGGUCAGAGGUUUUCCCUGAGAUGCCGUUGCUGCGUCCAGACGUGGAGCGGGUCGAAGGGCUGUCCCUCCUCUACUGGACCAUCAUGGGCCCGCACGGCAUCAACCGAGCCGUCCAGAGGCUGGAGUUCAGCGACUGCAAAAAGGGACUCGGUGUGAAGGUAAUCGGAGGUUACCGAGAGCUGACGGGCGAAGAGUUCGGCAUCUACAUCAAACGGGUGGUGGUCGGUGGGUUGGCGGCUCUGGAUGGGCGGCUUAAGUCAGGUGACCUGAUUCUGGAUGUCAAUAAUAUCAGUUUGGUGGGCGUCACCAAUGAAAGGGCGGUGGAGAUCUUAAGGACCGCCUCCCUGUCCAAUCACAUGUCACUGCUCAUCGCCAGAGAUGAUGAGUCCAGGAGGGAAUUCGCUGAACUGAUGGAGAAAUACAGCAGCAACAACGUCUCUGCAUCAGGACGAAUCUCACCCACUCAGAUCUGCACAGGAAAGCUGACGGACACGGCGUCCUCUUCAUCCUCCUCCAGAUCAGAGAGUCCUCAGCUCCUCAGUCCUAAAGAAGGGGUGACGGCCUACACCCAGGCCCCCCCGUACGCUGCCAACAACCCCUACACUGUGCACACGCCCCCCCACGCCUUCAGUGACAGUGUGAUUCAGUUGAUCUGCGUUGCCAAGGGAACAGGCCUGGGGCUCGUCAUAAAGGGCGGAGCCAACCGAGCCGAAGGACCAAUGGUGUUCAUUCAGGAAAUAGUGCCUGGAGGCGACUGUCAGAAGGAUGGGAGGCUGCAGGUCGGAGAUCAGCUCGUCUCCAUCAACAAAGAAUCUCUGAUCGGAGUCACGUAUGAGGAGGCCAGAAAUAUCCUGUCACGAACUAAACUCAGACCAGACCCUACGGUAGAAAUUGCCUUCAUCAGACGGAGGUCUUCCUCCAGCUCCAGCAGUGGACCCCACAGCCCCAUCGGGGGGUCCGGGGUCUCUGGAGGGUCAGGGGGGUCUGGUGGAGGGGCGGGGCCUCAGACGAGGUCCCCGGCCCCAGGCGCUCUGCCUCCACAACCAGCCGUCGUCACCAAGAUCACCUCAUGCCGAAACCCUGCAAGUGAGACGCUGCCAUCGGUCAACAUCAGCCAGGUUCGAGUGUCGCCGGGAAGAACAGAGGCAACGGAAAUCACCUCCACGGCCGAGAGCAACAGCAUUGCUGACACAAAUCCCAAGUCCUGCGGUCAGACUCUACAGAGGAAAUGUUCCCUCAGCAGCAGUUGUCGCCUCAAACUGGAUCGACUGGAGCAGGCUCUGGAUCUGAUCGGUCUAAAGCCCACAGAGACCCAACGGCAGAGCCUCAGAUCCAGACUACGAGCUGAUCCGGAUGGAACGGUGGCCUUCACAGACGUGGAGACGGUGAUCAGAGAGCUGUUCAGGCCUCAGCUGGAGGAGUUAUCGGCCGCUCAGCCCGGAUCCAGGUUCACGUCUGAAGACCUGACCGGUCUGCUGGAGUCCCCCACCAACCCAAGGCCGUCACUGUCGGACUCGGAGGAUUUGGAGGAGAUGGAGCGGCUGAGGAAAGAACACAUCGAGGCUCUGAGGGAAAUUAAGAGGCUGCAGGAGCAGCUGGUGGAGUCCCAGAGAGUCCAGCAGCAGAUGGAGGAGGACCUGAACCGGGUCCGACAGGAGGUGAAGCUCGGAGCCGAGGAGAGCCGGGCCCUCAGGACCCGGAUCCAGCUGGCCGAGGUGGCCCAGAAACAGGCCAGAGGGAUGGAGAUGGACUACGAGGAGGUCAUCCACCUGCUGGAGGCUGAGAUCGCAGAGCUGAAGACGCAGAGGGUGGAGCCCACGACGACCGCAAAGGAGGAGCUGGAGGAACUGAAGAAGAAGGUCGCCGUCCUCGAGUGUCAGCUGCGAAAAAGUGAAACCGCCAAAAAGAGUUUUGAGAUGUCGACAGGAAAACUGCUGAGUUUUGUGGAGAAUGUUCAGGACUUUCUGCUUGAAAGCCAAGGGCCGACCAAGAGUUUCAGCUCUGGAGACGUUAAAGUGGGCUCGUCGUCUCAAAGCCCCGCCCCCCGCUACAAGAAGAGUCCGUGGACGGCGGCGGCACUCGCCCAGGAGGCCAAGGAACUGAGCCGGACCGUCAGAGCCAUCAUGGAGGUGGACUUUCUGCCGUACGGAUGGGAGGAGGCGUUCACCCACAACGGACUCAGAUACUACAUCAAUCACAUGACCCAGACCACGUCCUGGACCCCCCCAGUCCAGACCGGCGGGGCCGUCCCGGGUCCAAAUCCGCCUCCGCCGAGUCCUGAACGGAACGAAGACCGGAACGAGGAGUCGACGGAGCAGAGACCCAGUCCAUCUGUGGAGACGGAGAUGUGACGAACAACACUUUGAAACUGUAAUUAAAUAAAUGAACCACAGUUUAAAACAGGAACCAGUGAAUAUUAACGAACAAACCCUCAAACAUUCAGUUUAGAAUCAGAUACAACAAAGACUGAACUGAACUGAAUUAGUCAGAUUUUAUCGAAUGAAUUUCCAUAAAAUUGACAAAAAAACCCUCUAGAUUUCAGCCUAGACAAGAAUAAAUACAGAUUUAAGAGAUAAAUACAAAAAAAGAAAGAAAAUAUGAGUGUCCAGAUGGUUUCCUGCAUUAAUGUCUCUAAAAACAUGCAACAAAUUCAUUUUUAAACUGUUUGUUCUUGUAAUAAACAUGUGUUUGAGCUCAGGUUUUAAAUAUUACAGUGAAUGAACAUGGAAUCCAGUCUGGAGGAUUUGACCCUUAGAUGCAGAAGUGGGUCAAAAUGACCCGCUGUGGUGGUUUUAUUGUAAUAUCGUUGUGACCGUACCAACUUUAUUUAUAAUGCACUUUGGUUGUUUUGUUGUUAUUUGAUAUUCCAGGUAUUCCUCAAAAGCCUGUUAUUGACAUCCUGACAUUUCAACUUUUAACUGAGCUUUAAUAGAUUUGAUGAAAUAGUAGUUUUUGUUUUUCUACCUCAGACUUCCACAGUUGGAUCAGAAUGACCCACAUUCAUUUACAACAGGAUUCAGUCUGAACCAGGAAAAACUAAGCACUCACUGAAUGAAUAAUGAUGAUGUUCUAUUACUUUUAUAUAUUCUGUAUUCUAUACCAUAUGUACUCUGCUUUCAAAUUUAGAAAUUUUUUUUUUUUUAAAUAAAAAAAAAAAAAAAAUUGUUAAAAAUGUUUUUUUUUUUAAGAUGAAAAAAUUCAAACAUGAAGUCAUUCUUUUGGGGAUAAAAAUAUAAAACAUGAUUAUUUUUAAAAUAACUAAAGUGUCAUAAAAACCCUGAUUUUAAGGCGGGUCAUUUUGAACCACCGGCAUCGAAGGGUUAAUGGAGAAACAAGUAAAUCUGUGAUUCUGUUUGUUUUUGUGGGAAAUUCAACCAUAAAAUCUGAACUGUCUUUGUUCAAACUCCGUUUUUGUGUUUGGUUUGAAAAUGUUCUUUUUCUGAAUCGAUCUGAUGAGACUUUAAUGACUUUAUUCACAUGAGUUUAGGUUCAGACUGAAAUACGUGGCUUGAUUUUGUUGAAUUAGUUGAAUUUAUGUCAUAGAUCUGUUCGAUUUCAACUCAUUCCCUCUGAUAAACUGUUCUGACGAUCAGUAAAUAAAGAACUGAAGUGAAA